UGUAACAUCCUCUCCUCUUAUUGGCUCUCCUUCUCGUAACGUGUCACAAACAGUGAAACGCGGAUGGUGAUUUUAAACCUGUUAAUUAAACCUGUUAAUUAAACCCGUUAAUUAAACCCGUGAUGGAGACAUAAGGUGUGUGUGUGUCUGCACAGGUGAAGACAACAUGACGCAGAACAUUCAGAACCUUCCCAUCGACAUACAGACCAGCAAACUCCUGGACUGGCUGCUGGAUCGACGUCACUGUAAUCUGAAAUGGCAGAGCGCGGUCAAAGAGAUCAGAGAGAAGAUCAACGCCGCCAUCCAGGACAUGCCGGAGAACGAGGAGAUCAAGCAGCUCCUCUCCGGCUCUUACAUUCACUACUUCCACUGCUUGAGGAUAGUGGAGAUACUGAAGGGAACCGAGGCGUCCUCCAAGAACAUCUUUGGCAGAUAUUCAUCUCAGAGGAUGAAGGAUUGGCAAGAGAUUGUGUCUCUUUAUGAGGUCGAUAAUCUCUAUUUGGCGGAGGUGGCCAGUUUGCUGACUCGCAAUGUGAGCUAUGAAGGUCCGGCUCUGAGGAAGCAGCUGGCCAAAGCCCAGCAGCUGCAGCAGGAGCUGAGCAGGCGGGAAGUGGAGUGCCAGAGCUCAGCCGCAGACCUGAGGGAACGCUACUAUGCCGCGUGCAAACAGUACGGCAUCACGGGAGACAAUGUGGCUCGUGAGCUUCAGGCUCUGGUCAAAGACUUACCAGCUGUUCUUGAUGAAGUCGGGAAGGAUGCAGCCAAAUUAGAGAAGCAAAUCCAGUUUUAUACAGCCUUCACAAACUUUGUAUGUGAGUGGUCUGAGCCGGUCCUUCCCACGCUGACAUUUGCCCAGAAGAGAGGAAACGUGACUUUUUAUGAAUGGAGAACGGGGAAAGUCCCCACUGUCGUCGAGAGGCCAGCUGCGGAAGAAGCAGCUCCUGAUACAGCCACAGAUGAUGCGAUUGAUUGGGGUGACUUUGGUACAGGUGCAGCUACCCAGGAUGUCAUCACAGUGGAGGAUGGGGUAGACUGGGGUAUCAGUCUGGAGCCGAGUUCUGAGGACGCAGCUGCUGGUGGUAUUGACUGGGGUGACAGUGAAGCCGCUCCCAUUGAAAUUGAAGUUGUAGACGCGGGAACAGACUGUCCUGAGGGCGUGGCGAGGGGCGAGGAUGCUUUAACAAUACUGGAGAACUCUCAGUCACGCAGCCUGUUCAUCGACGAGCUGAUGGAGCUGGAAGCGUUCCUAACCCAGCGCGUGAACGAGAUGGGAGAGGAGGGCGAUGUGGUCGCUAUGAGCCAGUUCCAGCUGGCCCCUUCUGUCAUCCAAGGCCAAUCCCGUGAACAUAUUCGGGAGAUGCUGUCAGAGGUGCAGGACCUUCUGGGACGGCUCACUUCUCUGCGGAUGCAGCACCUGUUUAUGAUCCAGGCCUCGCCGCGGUAUGUCGAGCGAGUGACGGAGGUGCUGAGACAGAAGCUGAAGCAGGCGGACAUUCUGGUACUGAAGGGUGCCACGAUGGUGGAGAAAAGGCAGGAAGCCCUAGAGGAGCAGUCCAGGCUGGAGCCUCGUGUCGACCUGCUGGCAGGAUGCACCCGGGAACUCCAGAAACUGAUUCAAGCUGACGUUUCAAAGAAAUACCACAACAGGCCCGUCAACCUGAUGGGGGUUAAUAUAUAGUGAGAAUAUUUCAUGUCAUGAUCCACUUGCAGAAAUAAAAGUGGUGUUUAAUUUUA